AUGCACACGUCGGCGCCCAUGCCGUCGGCGGUGCUACUCUGGGAGGCGACGGCUCCCACUUGUCUCGCCAGAUCGGUUUCCUUCACGACGAAGCGGUCGUCCGCAAUCAGCUCGUCUAAGCGGAAAGCAGAAAAACUGGCUACACAGAGCGCAGAGCCGGGCAGGCUCGUACAGAUUGCUCGCUGCUGCGUACUUCUUGCUCUUUUCGCCGACCAAGCCCCAGUCCCGUCGCGCUUCCAGGAUGCGCUUCAUGGUGAUCACCCCGGACACGCUCGAGGCCUCAAAUUCCAUGAGGCACAUGUCACACGUGGAGUGGCCGACGAGAAGGGCCUCAAGGCAACAGAGCCAUCGGGAUCCCGCACGUGUUCAGUCACAGAAACCCUGAAGGAACAAGGGAGGGGAGAAAAGGGGCUGGACUGCGCAGCAGUUGCCUGUCCUGGAUUGAUCGAGGAUUCUUCUACGACCUCGGCGUGCCCAAGAGAGAUGGCUGGAGAUGCCGGCCGCAUCCGCAAGGAGCUGGCGGAGUGCGCCCGGGACACGGACUCAGGGGUGACGGCGGUACCUAAGGGGGACUCGCUGGCUCGCCUUGAGGGGACAAUUCUUGGGCCGGUGGGCACGCCGUUCGAGGGCGGAACGUUUCUAAUCAACAUCGAUAUUCCUUCGGGCUAUCCGUUCGAGCCGCCCAAGAUGAAGUUCGCCACCAAGAUUUGGCACCCCAACAUCUCGUCGCAGACGGGUGCGAUCUGUUUGGAUAUCUUGAAAGAUCAGUGGUCUCCGGCCCUGACCAUCAAGACCGCUCUUCUCUCGCUGCAAGCUCUCAUGUGUUCACCAGAACCGGACGACCCGCAGGACGCGGAGGUCGCGAAUAUGUACAAGAUCAAUCGCGAUACGUACAACCAGACGGCCAAGUUCUGGACAGAGACAUACGCCCAGGUGCGCGAUCCUGGAGGGAACGAAGAUGUGGUGCGAAGGGUCUGCGACAUGGGCUUCCCGGAGGCGCAAGCUCGGAGGGCGUUAGCGUCCAACGACUGGGACGAGACGGCGGCGAUCAACACUCUCCUCAGCGGCAGCUAGCGCUCGCAGCGACAACCCCCUCAAUCUGGACCUAGAUUCGCUCUCUUUUGUCCCUUCUUUCGGUAACCACCCAACAGUAUUGUCGUUGCGCGGGUAUGGAGGCGUGGCCGGCAGUGUUUUGGUACCAUCACGUUGGUUCGCCAGCUGUCGGCUACCGUUCGUGGUGUGCACUGACUCCCCCUGAGAAGGAGUCAACCGGUCACACCGUUGUUUCUUGAUUUUGCUGAAGUUUUGAAGCUGAUUGGUGCCAGCUCAAGCCUACCUAGCAUUCGUGUGGUACAAGCAAGAGCUCCGUUCUUAUUCUGGUGGCUGGGGUGAAUCGCACUACGGGGCAGCGUUCAAUACGGUGCCCCAAAGAGAGCUACGUCAAUACGGUGCCCCAAAGAGACGUCGUAGGUAUGCAAUGAUGUGACGGGGUUUGUACGCUCUAGUAGCCUUGGGUGGAAGUCGUUUCUUUCGGCGUGGAAGCUGCGUUUGUGUCAUGAUGCAGUGGUGUGACCGACAAUGAGGAUUGGCGGUAAGUUGAAGUUCCACCUAUACUGCUGCGUAAGCCGGCGUGAGUGGUUUGACAGUAUGCGGCUCCGUGUGUAGAGUAUGGCUUUCGCUUGUUGAGGAUAGGUAGGUGUUACGCGUGUGCAUGAGUGAAAAAUGUGUUGCACGUUGUGACGGAAGGCGUGACUGUCACUUGAUUUCGCGUUGGUUGCUGGAGGAAGAGUGUCCACUGACAAUGUCGGAGGACACGUGCUUCGUUGUUGGAAUUGACGACUAACUGAGCUACAUUCGUGAUACGGCAGCUUUGUUGUGUAGAUUUGGCUGAUGCCUGGGAAAUUCCCUGUGAACGAAAAAAGCGGGUGUAGAGAUGAUCGAUUGCGUUUUUGUUCAAUGGGAGUCAACAUUCACCGAAUGAAUUAAUGAAUGUGAUGUUGGCACGUGCGUGGUGGGGGCGACCCCCAGCGUCCCGAGAACAUGAUAACAAGUACGUUUGGCAGAAAACGAUAAAUACACUUGGCGGAGAGCAUGUGUGAUAGGUCAAGGGGAUGGAUGUGCUUUUACCUGGUGAUGGGUUGUGACGCGUGUUUAGUGGUCUAUAUUUUUGUGGUUGGAGUCCGUCGCACACUCGAUUCCAUUUCGUGAGUCUAGCAGCCUACCAGGGGAGGGUUCCUAAUAGACAUCGGAUCGGCACCCGAUUCUCUCUCGUAGUUGCGAAAUCCUCAAACAUUACGGGUAGUUUUUUAGGAUUCGCGAGAGCGGGUAAGGAUGCAUGACACGCGUGUUUUGAUUUAUUUAUUAUUUGCUGGUU